ACAAAAAUAUCUUUUCUUUUUUGAAAAAAACCCCCAUUAACUUUAAACACAUAAAAACCUCCAUGGACGAGAGUGGUGGUCGUGGAAGAGGUUAUGGGGACGACUCCACAGGCAGCAGAGAGAUUCGUUACCGGGGAGUACGACGUCGGCCAUGGGGAAAAUUCGCUGCUGAAAUACGAGACUCUAGAAGGCAAGGAGUACGGAUAUGGCUAGGGACUUUCAACACUGCAGAAGAAGCAGCACGAGCUUACGAUCGAGCGGCCUACAACAUGAGGGGUCAUUUGGCCAUUUUGAAUUUUCCUAAUGAAUAUCCGCUUACCAGGGGUGGGGCUUAUUCGAGUGGGUCAUCUUCUUCUUCUUCAAUGUCAAUGCGGCAAAAUGAAGUGAUUGAAUUUGAGUAUUUGGAUGAUAAAGUGCUGGAAGAUCUUCUUGACUAUGGAGAAGAAAGUGAUAAGAGAAGCUAAAACUCUUAAACAAGUUGCUGCCGGAAAGGGUAAGAGAGAAGAGUCACUAUCAUCAAAUAGGGCUAUAUUCUAUUUAGCCUUUUUUUAAACUUUGCUUUUCUUUUGUAAUGGCAUAAUAAUCAUUUCUUGCCAUUUAUAUAUGUCUAUCUCAUUUUCUUUUCUUUUCUUUUUUUUCUUUUUUAGAGAAUGUCAUAUAAAUUAUUGUAUGCUUUUUUUUCUUUUUUAGCAAAGUGAGAGAAUUGCAAUCUCUCGUUGUUGAUCAAACUCUCACGAUUCUACAAUAAUUGACAUAUACUUCUUUUUUUUUUUUUUAAUUUGAA